AUGAAAUCAAAAUAAAAGCUUCUCAUUGAGCGAAUCUCUGACUCCUCUUAUCCACCUAAACCUUUUAAGCAGCUUCCCUAAAAAUCGAAAGAUUUCUCACUGCUAACUAAUCAGUUAUCCCCCAAAUGCUAGGUAUAAUCUACAACAUCAAAUUCUGCUUUCUUCAAUCUCGACAGCUCUAGUUUAUUAAUAAAGCCACCAUUCAAGGAGGAAAAAGAAAUCAGCUAGAAUAACUCUAUUGCCAAGAAGCCUCAAUUCAAAGCAGCCUUUAUCUCCUCAAAAGAGAGCCCAGAAAAUAAACUUAGCAUUCAGAAAAUUAAGUCUAUUCCUAAAGCAUUGAAAAUUACUAACGUAAUAUCUAAGGAAUCUCUUCUGCCGAGGAAGCUUGCUCCUCCGUCAGGAAGAUAAAAAAAGUAGAUGUCUGUCUACUCUAGCAGUUACCACGGAAAUUCUGAUUCAAAGUAUCUUCUUAAUAAGCAUUUUGACAGACUAACUACUAGGAUUGACAAGAAAUUUAGAGAUGACAAAAAGCCAGCUAGCACAUAGAAAAGCAGGACUUUAAUAACUGAACUUAUUAUUGAAAGGGUAAGCAUGCCUGAGAGCUACAGAUCCCCAAGAUACUAAAAUGAUAUUACUCUUAUUAACCUUACAGAAUUUAAUGCUUCUAAUACUUAAGGAAAUUAUGAACCUCGUUUAACUUCUCCCAAAACAAGCACCAGAUCAAUCAUAAAGAGAUUCUCAAAUUUACAGGACAAAAGUUGCGGCCGCAAUACUUAGCCACAGUAUAUUGAAACUUAAGAAUCCAAUAAUACUAAUGCAACUGGCACUGGCAUGGCUUAAAUCAGUGUCUCGAAUGGAAAUUAAUCAGAGUAAUUUGAUAUUUCUCAUCAAAGUUCUUUGAUUGCUGGAGUUGAGGCUCUUAGUUAGAAACAGAGUUCCACAAACUCUCAAAAUCUAGCUCAUUAAGCAUCUGAUUUAUUAAAUAGCUAAACUAUCCUUGGAAUUAACAGAACGCUCAGCUUUUUGAAAGGGAAGCUGUAAGAAAGCAAAGGACCGCAUCAUUUAAGAUCAAAGAAGAGAUCUUAAUGUGAUUGCUCAAAGCAGCAAUACUAUGAUACAAGCAUGUGUGAAAAUUGUUUGAUUUGGAUUCAGAUUAUAAAGAACAAAACGAGGCAGAACUUUGACUUCCAAGUAAUAAAGAAAAAAUAUGAUCAACUAAAUGACAGGGAAAUGGUAGUAGAUGAUGAAAAUCAAAUAGCAAGAGAUCUUUUUAGAACAUUUUAGGAUAUACCAUAUUUUUCUAAAGAUAGUGAUGGCUACGAGACUCUGAAUAGAGUCUUAAUAAAUCUGUGUAAAAUUGAUUAAAGCAGAGGCUACAUUCAAGGAAUGAAUUUUAUUGGGGCUUGCUUGCUUCUGCAUUCAGAUGAAGUUCUAACAUUUUACUUGAUUGAGACACUUCUUAAAGAGUACGAACUUAAUCAAGUUUAUGGAUAGGAAUUUCUAGGCCUAAUAAAACACUUUAAAAUCAUGGAGGGACUUAUUUAAGAAAAAAUGCCUGAUCUAGGUGACCAUCUUAGAUUAAACCAAGUUGAAAUAGAAGUCUUUUCUUCUGAUUGGUUCAUUAGUCUAUUCACCUCAUCAAUACCUUUAACCAAAACAACUAAACUUUUCACAGCUUUUUUCAAAGAUAGUUGGGUAUCUAUAUACAAGAUCAUCCUCAUGAUAUUAAAAUAUUUCAAAAAAAAGAUAUUACAAAUCAAUGAGUAUGGAGACAUAUUAAUAGCUCUCAAAAGUAAUGAAUUCUUUCCUUAGAACUAAUAGUCUUUCGAUAUCAAGAAGUCUGAAAUAUUCUGGGAUUAAAUAUUCAGCUUGAUGGACAUUAAAUUUGGAGAUGUUGACGAAGGAUUUAUAUAACAAAUCAGAAUAAAGUACAAAAUAAAGUGA